GUGUAGUGGAAAGGGGGGCGGGACUUCUUCUUGAUAAAAAGCCACGGUACCCAUGUCCUACCAUUCAGACAAGAUCUGAAAAUAAAUGAAAAUGUCUGGGCUCCAGUACAUCUGGGACAGCAUUCUGCAGUACGAGGCCGUGCUUAGGUCUCCAUAUUUCCCAGUUUUCUUCUCUAUUACAGUCUACCUCAGCUUCUGCCUGCCCUUUGUCGUUCUGGACGCCCUAUCUUCCAGGGUAGCAUGGAUAAGGAGAUACAAACUUCAACAGAAGACCAGUGUAUCUUGGAGGAUGAUUUGGAGCUGCCUCGCACUCUCCCUCUACAACCAUGUCAUGUACAUCUUCCCACUGAGUGUCCUGCACUGGUACUGGAGACCUGUCAGCUACACAGUGACGGCACCUGGGCUCCUGCGAGUCAUCUGGGACCUUUUUGCCUGCCUGCUUCUCUUUGACUUCCAGUACUUCGUAUGGCAUCUUCUGCAUCACAAAGUACCCUGGCUCUACCGCACUUUCCAUAAGGUGCAUCACAAAUACACUUCCACCUUCGCUCUGGCCACUGAGUAUUCGGGAGCAUGGGAGACUCUGUCGUUGGGUUUCUUCGCUGCAGUGAAUCCCAUGUUACUGGGGGUUCAUCCUAUGACAGAGAUGCUUUUCCAUAUGCUGAACAUGUGGCUGUCAGUUGAGGACCACUGUGGCUAUGACCUGCCGUGGGCGACACACAGACUGGUGCCUUUUGGUCUGUAUGGAGGAGCUCCACACCAUGAUGUCCACCAUCAGAAGUUCAAGUCCAACUAUGCUCCAUACUUCACUCACUGGGACAAGCUUUUUGGGACACUGCACUCUGAAUGAACUGAGCAACUGGAACAGACUACCUGAACUGAUUUCAUCUGUCUUUUUUGUAAAAAGAGCAUUACCAUUCAAUGAAUGAAUACCUUUGACUCUAAAACUUGUUUUAAAAGUUGCUUUAUAAUUCAUGUGUGUUUAAAUAAUGUUCUCAUUUAUUUAUUUAAUGUCUGUAUUUAAGUGUGACUGUUGCCUAAGAAAAAUGAUCAGUGAUAUGACUAUGCUAUGUCUAAGGAGUAUGUGAGAUACAUCUGUUAACCUUAUCCUAAUGUAUUUCCAUUUAUUUAUAAAACAGUUUUGAUACUGAAUGUUUGCACUGGAACAUGAAGAACAAAUCUAACAAAGCUAAUGGCAAUAAAAAGCUAUGAAGUAAAUUA